AUGAGGAGGCACAUGAUUCUAGGGGUAAUGAUGUGGCCUGACGCUAUCUCGGACGCUGAAAAUGAGUAUGGAGGGAGUGACAGUGGUUCUGACUCUGAACGUACUGAAAGUGAAGCCGACUACACUGAGUUUGAUGGGCGGUUUGAUCCUUAUGUGUCUGAUGUUGUUUCUGACUCUACGCGUGAUCGUGAUGGUUCUGACUCUGGGAGUGAUCCUGAUGGUUCUGAUGCUGGUAGUGAUCGUGAUGAUGCUGAUGUUGGGAGUGAUUCCGACGGGUCUAGUGCCUAUGGUUCUAUCCAGAGAGUACGGUAA